GACGCAGAAGCAGGUUGGGUAGUGAUAGGAUUACGAGCCAUCACCAUUCGGUGUCUGAUGGUGUACUUUCUUAUAAUGAUGGCCCUCCAAAUAGUGCUCAGGCAUCUAGGCGGUGGACCUCACCAUUACAAAAAUUCAAAGUGGGCGAGAUGGCUGGUCCUUCAGUUGGAGGAUCAAGGUCUGAAGCAUCUCCAUUUCCGCCGUGCACUGAGAGGUAUCUUCCUGUGAAAGCAGCUGCAGCAUCCCCCAGUUUUGGCUCCCCAUCGUCAUUCUCAGAGUUUGACACCUGGGAGUCAACACGACAGCAACCGUACUUUCUUCCUGGUCGUCACUCUAGACGCUCUCACUUGUCAAAAGCUGUUUACCCAAUGUUGUUUCACAAUCCAGUGUCCGACUUCGAGACCUUUGAUGAUGCCCAGGCCAGCAGCCUCGGCAGGUCGACUCCUGGUGAGGAUCGUAUCUCGCCAUCUUACUGGCAUGAAGAUGGUCUGUAUAGAGAGGACAAAUUUUACAGAGCUCUUGCUGAGCUCCGAAAGUUAGAGGCUUCUCCGGAUCUCAACACAAGCUCAAGAAGAGAUGGAUUUAGGUGGAGUAAUGCCAGUAGUUACGAUCUAGGGUUUGAUGGAGAAAGGUGCGUAAUUACAGAUAACACGGACAGGGAGGAAACUGCAUCACCUCAUGGCCGUGGAGUGGAUCAGAAAUGUGGAAUUUGUGGAAAAUUGUUACAGCAGAAGUCACCAUGGAGUUCCCAUCGGAUUUUACGUGGCAAUGACAUGCCAAUUGCUGGGGUACUUCCCUGCAGCCACGUGUUCCAUGCAGAUUGCUUGGAGCACAUGACCCCCAAAACCCAGAUUCAUGACCCUCCAUGUCCUUUGUGCCUGAAGUAUCUUGGACCUACCUCGGAAUCUCCAUUUGUGAAAGAGUCGUUGCAGAUGGCAUUAAGAUCUUUAAGGAGAAGUCGAGGGGUUGUGAUAGAUGAGGAUCUGCUUGAUCAAAAUGACAAAGCCUCAGCACAUACUAAGGAUAGAUUAAAGAAAAGUGGCCUUGGGUUGUUCAGCGUUGGAAUAUUGGUGGUUCUUCAUUGGGGAAUCAGCUUAAAAGGCAUCUACUUUUAAGGGGAGCAGUAGUAAAGAUCUUUGCCACAAAAGAGUCUCCGACAAGGCCAGUUCAUCCUCUAGCAAGCUGCCAGUCGUGGACCAUGUAUUUUCCAGUAGUCCUGUUUCUUCUAGUUAAGGUAGGCAUUCUUGUAUACUAGCCUCGGGUUGGAUGCAUUGUUGUCACACAUUUUCCUGGACCUCUUUUGGGGUCAGCAAUAUCUCAAAUGAGAUGAGUUGGAGAGCUAUAAUUGUCCACGGAAAGGAUUGAAUCAGUCCAUUUGAAUGAACUGUGGAGUUAGAUUUGGUCAGGCACAUAUUUUGGCAUACAUUCACCCGAAAGGUUUUUUGUGCUUGACAUGAAUGAAGUCGCUUUAGUGAAUCUGAGACAUCGUAUUCUGAUACUUGAUAAAAGGAAAGGAGUUGGUGUUUCGGAAUAUUGGCUGUAGAGAUUUUCAUGAAAUUACUGAUGUCUUGCUAAAAUUUCCACCCUGGCUGAAUUUCUACUAUCCUCUAAUCCACUUUGUGCUGCAUUAAUUCAGUCUCCGUCCUCACACAAGGCUAUCAUUUUGAGAAACCAAGGCCGAUAGGCUUUCAAUUUCACAUAUACGUCAUGGUGGAACUAGGAAUACCGCAUAUAGCAGCUCAUGCAGGUCACAUGGUUGCAACUGAGCAGUUCUCACAUGAUUUUGUGCAUAGGUGGGGUGCUAAACAGUUGUUGCACUUGUAAUGGUUAAUGCUAGAGGUUCGUGGGAGCCUAAGCAUUUAGCUAUUGCUCUUGCAUUUUGUUGACAAAUUCAUACAAUUCGUUGCCCUAGUACGGGCGAAGGUACCCUCAUCUGGACUGAAAUUGGGUAACCUGUUCUUCACCAAAUGGAGUUGCAGUUUUCGAUUCUCGAUGGUUGAUAAGCAGAGGAGAGGGAAGCUUUUGCUGUUCAAUCCUACUUCGUGCCAUGGGUAUCUCCAUGUACAGGGUUGGGUACCCAGUUUUUCAGGUUAUAGCGCCCCUCGAGAGAUUGUAACAUCAGAGGAAUCGCUUCUUAAUGAAUAAACUAGUGUUGCGAAUCA